GGAAGUGCACGUGAGCUCAAACUGAUUGAUAAAGUCCGGUUUCGCGAAAAUAAUUUACGUUCAGGUUAUAAAAUAGUUGAAGUGGGAUUUGAAAUAACUUUUGAGAAAAAUGUGAAUUUGACGAUUAGGUCGUAGAUGAGUUUUAAAGUUUAUUGUAUGUUCUUUGUAACUUUUUUAAAACACUGUGAAUUAGUUUUGUGGUUUUGUUUGUGCGAAUGCAAAACUAUCGUUCUUGAAAACUUCAGUUAGGUAACCGGUCCCAAAAGGAUAGAGGCGUUAUUCCGGUGAGCCGAGUCCAGAACUUCAGCCCUCAUGAAGCUAGCCAACCAUGAGUGCUUGGUGCUGUGUCGUGAUCAUAGUCACCUCGAUAAGUACCGGAUGCCUCUCCCCGGCCCCUAUGAAUGCUGAAAUCAAGGAGACAUAUGAUCGACAUUAUUGGUAUGCCCAAGCGCAAGAGACACUCCAAAAGCGCCUUCAGUACGCAACUGGCAAGAAUCCUGUGGCAAAAAACGUGAUACUUGUGGUAGGAGACGGCAUGAGUUUGACUACGACCACAGCGGCCAGAAUACUUCGAGGACAGAGACGUGGUCAAAGUGGAGAAGAUACAGAUCUAGUUUGGGACACAUUUCCAGCAGUUGCACUUGCUAAGACGUACAACGUGGAUGCUCAAACAGGCGAGUCUUCAGCAUGUGCCACUGCCCUUCUCUGUGGGGUGAAGGCAAGAUACGAGACGUUGGGAUUAGAUGCUGGUGGUCGAUUCAACAAUUGCGCUUCCGCAAUCAAUUCUAAAGUGACGUCAUUGAUUGAUUGGGCGCAUGAAGCUGGUAAAUCUAGUGGAAUAGUAACAACAGCUAGAAUAACGCACGCCACACCAGCCGCAUUAUACGCUCAUGCACCAUCUCGGUAUUGGGAAGACGACAGUCGUGUUCCACCAACCGUGAGACGCGACUGUAAAGAUAUCGCCAUGCAACUGGUUGAAAACGAGCCUGGCCGAAAUAUCAAUGUUAUUAUGGGAGGUGGCAGAAGACAUUUCUUACCAACAGUGACGGCGGAUCCUGAGCACCCAACUCGUGAAGGAAGAAGACUAGAUGGAAGAAAUCUUGCCGAAGAUUGGGCAAGAGAAAAGAAAAGAAGACAUUUACGCGCUCAAUAUAUUCAUUCUAAGGAGCAGUUAGCUAAACUAGAUCCAAGAACAGUUGAUUUCGUUUUAGGAUUAUUUGAAUACUCGCAUAUGGAAUUUAAUGCGGAAAGAGGAGCAGUUGCUGAUGGGGAAGAAGACUCCGGUUCGACUAGUAACGUGAAGGCUGAAGAUCCUUCUUUAGCUGAUAUGACGCGAGCAGCUUUAUCAAUAUUAAUAAAGAAUGAUAAAGGGUUUCUACUUUUACUAGAAGGAGGUAGAAUAGAUCACGCACAUCAUUAUAAUAACCCUUAUCGGGCUCUGGAUGAAACAUUAGAACUAGAGACAGCUCUUUUAGCAGCAUUGGAGAAAGUUAAUCCAGCUGAAACUCUUAUAGUAGUCACAGCCGAUCAUGGUCACGUUAUGACAUUUGGUGGACAAGCUACUCCAAGGGGUCAUCCCAUAUUAGGAACAGACACCGUACCAUCAGACAUUGACGGUUUCAAGUACACAACUCUUUUAUAUGGAACUGGUCCUGGUCAUUCGGAACCAAGAGCAGUGCCUUUAAAUGGAACAACAAGUUCCUCAGUAGAUGCAGUUCACGCAUCUGCUGUUCCCAGGCAAUGGUCCACACAUGGGGGUGAAGAUGUACCUGUUUAUGCAUUAGGGCCCAUGGCAACGAUAUUGUUCACUGGUGUUGUGGAACAAAGUUAUAUUCCACAUGCAAUAGCGUACGCCGCAUGCCUAGCUCAUCAAUCUCGGCGGUGCUCAGAAACGGGCUACAAUUUCACGAAACCACAGGUAAAAAUACCUGCCUGUGUUCCACCAGAGGUAAGCAGUAUUUCAGCACCAGAUGAAACAAGAAGGGAGGUGUUAAGUGGAAGGCGUGUUGUUGUUGCUUCUAGCGUUAUGUCGGACGAGCGAGCUCCGAGACCCGCUUCAGCGCCUUCUAAGUCUUUGUUUAACGCCUAUUUAAUUGCAAUAUUUGUUUCUAUAACAAGAACUUUAUUUUAAUCAAGUAUACGCAAUAAUGUAAAUUGUAAAUCAAUGUAAGAUUCACUGCAUCAUACAACUUCAUCAUGAUCAUAAUGAGGAUAGUUUUUGAAUUGUUAAAUUUGAAUCUGAUGUUUUAAAAUGAAAAUAUUGGAAUACAGAUAGCAGAAUUUGUACAUUUUGUAGUCAUUCAAUUCGAAAAUAUGUCAAAAUUUUCCAAUUUUCUGCCUUUGAAGUGAAACAAAUUCGGGCGUCAUUAAUUUAAUUUAACUGCGCUUUAGGGAAUAACGAAAGUACACUACGAUAUUAUUUGCAUUUUAGAGUUAAACAUUUAAACUUCCUAGUACAAACAAAUCUUUUCAGAAUUUUCUUUUCAAAUUAUCAUGUUGUAAAGCUGCAUUUGUUUCAGUGCCUAUAUUUACAAAGCAUUCCUAGGAUGCACAUGUAUCUUAAAAUUGAACCCAUUCGUUUCCAAGCAAAUUAGUUGAUUAAGUAUCUUCUAAGAUACUAAAGAGAAAAGGAACAGUUUGUAACAUAUAUUUUAUCAUUAAAUAUUUUAUAUUAUGUGUAUGUAGUUAAAUUUCAUGUGUAAAAAUGUUUCAUAUCAACGAAAUAUAUAGUUUCAUAAGAGAUACGUAUCUAACCCCUUUAUUGAUAAUGGUCCGCUAACUUAAAACAGCUGCUAUAUAUGUAUAAUGAGAAAUAACACUUUGUAAAGUGUUAUUUCUCAUUCUGACUUAGGUCAAUAGAAGAAGACAGAGUGAGAAUUAGCAAUGCUUUAAAUUAGAAGACUAUUAUGAAUAAGGGGGUAAGAGUCUCCACUCUCAAUAAGUUUUACACAAGCAUUUAUUAUUACUCUAAGAAUAUUUUGAGAGCUAGAUGAAUCUUCUGUAUAUUUUUCUAUUGAGUAUAGAACCAUCUAUUCAUAAAAAUACAACCCAUCUAACGUGUAUUUUUAUAAAUUUCUACUGUACUUCUGUAGAGCGUAAAGUUAUAUUAUGUCUAUCUCUAAACUUCUCUUAAUACAGAAUGUAAAUAAAAUGGCAUAUAAUAAUAUAAUUAAUAAUUUCUAAGAAAUUUUUGUAAGUAUAUUAGCUUGGUACUAAUUGGUUUAUCCUUUUAAUACAAAUUUCAUUUCAUUUCAUUCAUUUCUGAUUAAACUAUUCAUUCAGAUUUAUGUUUAAAUAAACAACUUUUUAUAUGAAAAUCACGGUAUUCUCUGUUCAAAUAUCAUUUCUCAAAAUUAGGUCAAGGCUUUCUAAUGAAUUGGAGGUAAUUUCAAAAAGGUGUCGCAACUUAUUGUAAAUUUUCAAACUAAUCAACUUUUAGAAUGUAUUCAUUUCUUAACCUUUAAAAAUUUGCUAAUAUUAUUAUACAGCGACAAACUCGGAUAUAUUUAGAAAUAAUUUAUGAAAUAUGAACAGAUUAUUAAAUACAGCAUAAAAUAAAUUAUCUAUAACAAAAGACGCGAUUUUUUAGGGUUAUUAAUUUUGUUUAAUUGAUUAUAAUGUAAUGCAAAACUUAUUUAAUGUAAUAGUUUAUAUGAGUUCAUCUCCUAACUUAUUAAUGUUUCUCUUAAAAAGAUAAACACUCACAUUUAUUGUAUAUAUAAUAUUAAUUGUACAUAAA